AUGGCGGCCGUGCCCGAGGAGGAGGCCGGGCCCGGGCCGAAGCAGAGGGAAAAGCAGAAGAACAAGACCAAGAAGAAAGCGGCGCCAGUUGAUGAAUCUGAACUUCUCACUGUGCCAGAUGGAUGGAAAGAGCCAGCCUUUACAAGGGAGGAUAAUCCCAAAGGGCUGCUGGAAGAAAGCAGUUUUGCAACAUUGUUCCCGAAGUAUAGAGAAGCCUAUUUGAAAGAAUGCUGGCCACUUGUCCAGAAAGCCUUGGGUGAACUUUAUGUGAACGCAGCGCUGGAUCUAAUUGAAGGAAGCAUGACUGUCACUACUACUAAGAAGACUUUUGAUCCGUAUGCAAUCAUUAGGGCUAGAGACUUAAUAAAACUUCUGGCAAGAAGUGUUCCAUUUGAGCAGGCAGUUCGUAUCCUUCAGGAUGAUGUUGCAUGUGACAUCAUUAAGAUAGGCUCUCUGGUGAGGAAGAGAGAGACUUUUAUAAAAAGAAGAGCACGGCUUCUUGGGCCAAAAGGAUCUACUCUGAAGGCCUUGGAACUCUUAACAAACUGUUAUAUUAUGGUGCAAGGCAACACCGUUUCAGCUCUUGGACCCUUUAGUGGGCUAAAAGAGGUUAGAAAAGUUGUUCUGGACACAAUGAAGAAUAUACAUCCCAUAUAUAACAUCAAGACUUUGAUGAUCAAAAGGGAAUUAGCAAAAGAUCCUGAACUGAGGACACAAAGUUGGGAAAGAUUUUUGCCUAAAUUCAAGCGGAAGAACUUGAAAAAACGCAAGGAGCCCAAGAAGAAAAAUACUAAGAAGGAGUACACACCAUUCCCACCUCCGCAGCCAGAAAGUCAGAUUGAUAAAGAAUUGGCAAGUGGCGAAUACUUCUUGAAAGAAAGACAGAAGAAACGCAAGCAAAUGGAAGAGAUAAAGGCAAAGCAAGCAGAUGCAAUCAAGAGAAGACAAGAAGAAAGAAAUAAAGCUUUUAUCCCACCAAAGGAAAAGCCAGUUGUGAAAACAAAGAAAGCCUCCACUGAGAAAAAGAUUGAUAUUGAAGCCAUCAAAGAAAAGGUAAAGAAUGCAAAGAAGAAGAAAUUAGGAGCACUCCCUGAGGAAGAAGUAAAGUUAAAAAUGGCAGCAGAUGAAAAGAAAAAAAAGAAAAAGAAGUAAUUCACCACCCAGGACCUUUACUUGUCGCCUCUGACAAUGAACAUUUCUACACUUGGAAGAUGGGAGAUUUUUUGUUGUCAGGUUAAUAUGGACAAGAAAAGACUAAGUAGAAAGACCAUUCUCUUUUCCUAAGUACAGUUUAAUUAGUGGACCUACAAUAGCUGUACAGGCUGGUGAAGAAAAUACAUGCUACUGUGUUGAGAAAGUAAGAGAAUGUAUUUGGGUAAUACCCAUCUGUCUGAAGGGAAGGUUUCAAAAUAGAAACAUUCAGCAGUUUGAUGUGGAGUGUUAAACAGUGACAGAGAACUCUGAGCGGUGAAGCUCAAGGUAAUUCUGUGAAAGACUACCAGACAAUAUGCAGCCUCAAGUUGUGGUGAUAACUUUUGCUAAAUGGGCAAGAUUUAUUACUGUGUUAUGCUUUUAUUUUUGUAAAAGCUGAUUAUAUUUGUGUGUCUUGUCUCAAUGUUAAUAAACUAUUUUAAUACAA